AUGUCCGACGACUUUGGCAGUGGCAACAUCCACGACAAGGAGGUGUCGCGACUCUGGCGCGCAUGGAGGACCAUCCACGAGAUGGUCGCUGACCGGGGCUACGAAUUGGCCGAGGAAGAAAUCAAGAUGCCCCUCGAUGAGUUUAAGAGAAAGUUCACCAACGGCGACGGUUCCCCAAACCGCUCAAUAAUGUCCUUCUCCGCCCGUCCCUCCGCCAGCAUGAUCAAAAAGUUCACCCCUCCACCAACGGCCUCCAACCCUGACCCUGCCCCCGAAUGCGGCACCAUCUGGGUCGAGUUCUGCCCCGAGAAGACGUCCAUCGGCAUUUCAGUUAUGAAGAAGUUUGUCGAGCACUGCGCCAACAACUCAUACAAGGCCGGCAUUCUCGUCACCGCCGUCGCUCUUUCCGCCCAAGCCCGCAAGGUCAUGACCGUGACCAGCCAGUACACCCUGAUCGAGUGCUUCCUUGAGGAGGAUCUCCUCGUCAACAUCACCCACCACGAGCUGGUCCCAACCCACAUUCUUCUGAGCAGGGAGGAGAAGAUGGCCUUGCUCAAGAGAUACAGGCUGAAGGAGACGCAGCUCCCACGAAUCCUGCAAAAGGAUCCCAUCGCGAGAUAUUUGGGGCUGAAGAGGGGGCAGGUGGUCAAGAUUGUGAGAAUCAGCGAGACGGCCGGUCGCUAUGCUAGUUACAGACUCUGUGUUUAA